UGGAGGGGUUCAGUCAUCUCGCGCCAGCCGAGCCACGCGCACUCUCUCCUCUUUCCGACAAUCCGGGGUCUCGUUGGAGAACCACCCCGUGAUUCUGGCGACGACGAAAGCGUUAGACUAUCGUCGCGAGGGUGGCGUCCAUCGUCCGAGGGUUGCGGUGGUGGAAACGCGUGGCGAACUUUGCGGGGGGUACCGAAGAACGAAGGUACGCGAGGAACGAACCGCCCUCUUCGAACAUCGGGAGACCACCCCCACUUCUUCCCCCUCUUGAACAAACGCGAGCGCGCGCGCGCGUCCGCGUGCCUCCCUCCUCGUCGCGGGUGCUUAGACAGCCUCGGGAAUCGAAGACACACGGGUACCGAGUUUCACGGGUGGAGAAUCCGCGCGUGUCCUACGCGAUCUCGCCUUCUCUCGACGGGAACGACAGUUUUCGAGUGUCGCGAUAACGCGAACCGGAAAAGCUUGUCUUAACUCUGACGUAUAUUUAAUCGGGGACGUGUAUUAUGUAUGCGUAGUGUCGUUAUACCGUCAAACUAUCAUCCCGAGUGAGAACGAUCGAGUAGGCAUUCUAAUCUGACAAUUUUCGGAGAAAUCGAGGAAAUGAUGCACGAUGAAAUCCAACUGUCAAAUUAAAAUUCGACGGGGGCCGGUUGGGAGGAUUGCCAAUCGCUGAAGAGACGAUGAGAAACUGGAGCGAGAAUGCCGGAUAAUCAUUCGAGUGACGGUGUUCAGGGUGGCACGAGAAGUGUCCGAUGAGGGUGGAAGUGAUCUCAGUGGAUUUCGAGGGGGUAAGAGCUGGUGCGUGUUUCGUGUUCCUCGCGAGGCAGAACUCUUUGAAGAAGUCUCGCAGAGCUUCGUGACGAUCAGCAAACGAAUCGAAGGACUCGAAUCGGGAUUGUUCGGUGCAAGUGAGCGAUUUGGUGCGCGAGCGAUAUUGAAUUGUCACGGUUUUGAAAAGUGAAUGGAACUCCUCCUUCCAGGGGGGCGAUUAGUGUGAAUAAUAAUCGACAACUGCGAUUCGCGAGUCUCAUCGAUAGAACUAUGAUGUCGACAGAAGUGAUCCGUGGCAGAAACGGAAAUAUCAACUAAAGAAUAAGAGGAUGCGGUGAACAGCCGGCUUUCGCGAGGUUCGAGAUGUCCGCCGUAACCAGCCCGUAUGGCCCCGCGGAGAUGCUUUCCGAUUCGGUCUACAACUACGCGACGACCCGACGGGGCGCCGCCGAUCAGGACAGCGACUCCCAGUACGAGACGCAGGCCCAGUUGCAGAUCACCAGCAGCAUCCAGAGCAAACCGCGAAACAAACGGAAGAACUUCAAGCCCAUAAGCAGCCGGAUGGCGGAAGUGUCCGACGAGUCCGAGAGAGACGACGACGAGCCGGAAGUGAUCGAAGAGAGUUCGAGCGAAAUCCUCGAGUACGAGAGGAAGACGAUGUUGUUGCCGGCGGACGAUAGAUCGAAGCAGAGGCUAAACAAUAACGAGGUCAGCCCGAUGGAUCUCUCGGUCACCACGAGACCGCCGUCCUCCGAGGCCGAUGACGAUAGCGGGGACUCUCUCAGGCAUAAGUUCAUCCUCGAGCAGCUGAGAUCGCGGAAGCUAUAUUCGCCCGGUACAGAGGCGAGGAGUCCAAAUUCUGAUUCGUCGGAAAGAAGCGGGAGCGGCGUUCUGGACGCAGAGUCGUCUCGUCUGGACGACCAGGACACGCAGUUUGAAGAUGAACGGGGCAACGACGCCGACGGCGAGGCCGAGAUCGAAGAGCGGAAGCCCUUCGAGGGCAUGAGGGAGUACGCGGAGUCGACGAUGCAGGAACUUCUGGCGAUCUACGGGCUGGCAGGAGGCGAACUGGCAAAGUCGGUCAGCAGGCAACUGCCGCCCACGUUCCUCAACCCGAGUACUGGUCAGCAGACUCAAGGAAAGAUGAAGGUGAAGGAGGAGAAGGAUGCCUCGUCGAUGGCACCCGGAAGUCCACCCACGCCUCCGCAUACUCCGCAAAGUCCGCAACGCGCGAUUCCGUCUCUCGGCAAUCUUUCGCAAUCCUGUCAAACGUCAAAUGCAAACUCGCCGAACUUGCAGCAGCAACCGCAGCAGCAUCAGUCGCAGGAGCAGCAACAGCAGCAGCAGCAUCCCAUGCACGCCAUGGCUAAUUCACCCCUAAGUCAGAUAUUGGUCCAAAAUCCGGCGUUGGCGCAACUGCUGCAGCAAAAUCCAGCGAUUUUGUCGCAGAAUCCACAAUUGGCGCAGCUGCUGCAGCAGAAUCUGCAGGUUCAGAUGGGCAGCGUGCUCUUCCAGAACAUGAGACGGGAAGAGUCCGAGGAAUCUAGGGUACCGCCGACAAUAGCGAGCCUGACGGCGAUGAAGGUGGAGGCAGCUGACCCGAAGGUUUCCGCUUUGCUCAGGCAGAGUAUGUCUCCGGUAGCGGAUUCUCUGAUGAGCGGUUCCAAGACGUCAGUCUCCCAACCGAUCAUCGAUUACUCUCGAUACGUGAAGCGAUACAUAUCCGGUCAGGAAUGUGGCAGUACGUAUUGCAAGGAACUGGGUUGUAGGGAGCACUUUCAUUGUCUGGACUGCAGCGGCAGGGUGUUCGUGAAGAAGGAGGAAAUGAUUAGGCACUUCAAGUGGCACAAGAAGAGGGAUGAAUCUCUGCAGCACGGCUUCAUGAGAUACUCGCCGACGGACGAUUGUUCGGAAAAGCAUCCCGGUCGUGUCUGUCCGCACAAUAGAAAACAAACCCAUUAUCACUGCAUCCAUGAAAAUUGCGACAAGGUGUACAUAUCGACGUCGGACGUGCAGAUGCAUGCAAAUUAUCAUCGCAAAGAUUCGGCCAUCAUACAGGAGGGCUUCCAGCGAUUUCGAGCCACCGAGAAUUGCGCGACCGACUAUUGCCAAUUUGCCGGUCAACGGACCACGCACUUUCACUGUCGGCGACUAGGUUGCCGAUAUACGUUUAAAAAUAAGGCCGACAUAGAUAAGCAUAAGUCUUACCACAUCAAAGAUGAACAAUUGUCGCGGGACGGUUUCAAGAAGUUCAUGAAAUCGGAGGCCUGUCCUUUCGAACAGUGUCGAUUCUCUCGGGUUUGCAAUCACAUCCACUGCAUACGGCCGCACUGCAGCUACGUCCUGCACUCCUCCGGUCAGCUUUUCUCGCACAAGCGGAAACACGAGCGUCACGAGUCGGAACUGGCGUAUCGGAAGUACAAGAGUGUCGGCACCGUGGGUGGCGUUCGUCCACCGGGAUCGUGGGCCCCGGACGAAUUGAGCGCUCAAAGCUUGUCGUUAAGCCUCAACGGCGAAAGCUCCAACGAGGGUAGAGGUUCUCCGUCGUACUAUUCCUUGGACGAUUCCUUUCAGAGCGGAAGUGACCUCGCUAUGGAUCUCACCGCACCUACGACUAUCAUCACGGCCAGCGGAAGUUCCGUCAAUCUCGAGCAGCAGCAACAAUCUCAACAAUCUCAACAACUCACCGCUACCGAAUUGGCUUAUCUGAUACCGGCCACUGCGGACUGCGCCUGUAACGUCGGCAGAGACCAUCAUCAUUGCGGAUUAGAUCGCUGCGGGGCGACCUUGAAGGAUCCCCGCGAGGUCAGGGAGCAUUUGAAGGAACACGAAACGCAGGAACGUAUAACAGACGCCUUCUUCGAGGAGGGCGGCUGCGACGACAAUUGUCCGUAUGCGGACAAGGAGAAGCAUUAUCAUUGCAAUUGGGAAAAUUGUCGAGAGGUGAUACUUUCCACUGACAAACCGUUCCGCAGAUUGCAACAUUAUAAAAUCCACGAGUACAGUCGACAAUUGAACCUCUCCUGUCCCUCGCACGCCCUCUCUCCCGACGUCACGUUGACCCAUCUGACGAAUAUCGACGCGAUGUUUAGGCGGAAGCGCGGUAGACCGCCGAAAAAUCGGGUGAUCGAAAUCUGGUCGGGCGGCGAUCCCACGACUCACACACACGAUUCGCCGCAGGCGAUCUUUACGAGUUUCAAGCUGCCUAAACCGCAAAUCUCUAAUUUAACGUCGAAUCCAUUGUUGGAGGAGCGAGAGGGUAGCGUAUCGCCUUCGAAUAGUUUGGGCGAACCCGAGGGAUUCGCCACCUACAAUCCGGAAGGAUGUCCAGACCCAUCCUGUAUACUUAGAUCGAUCAGGCAUCAUCAUUGCUCGCAGCCACGAUGCUAUUUCUUUACCGAUCGGGCGGAUCAAUUGCUCAUGCACAGCAAGGACUUUCACGACAACGUUGAUAUACCGCCCGGUUUCGCUUUCUACGAUAAGAUGGUCGAUUGUCGAUUGACUGGCUGUCACAGUAAUCGCGUUAAUCGGCAUUUCCAUUGUACCAGACCGAAUUGCGGAUAUUCAUUCGUCAGGUACUCGACAAUGGCGUUACACGAGAAGCAGCACUCCAAUCACGUUGAAUCGUGCCAGGAAUUGAACAAUCAGGAAUGUCAAACGCAAUCUCAGUCGUUGAUUCAAGAAACGAAACCUAGGAUCCAGGUGAAGAAUCCUGCCGAGCUGAUCGAAAAACCCGAUGAGAGUUUGAUGGGAGAUUCAGAGAGCAGAUCGAUGAUCGAGGAUAAAGAAUCUGAGCUUGCGAGUCCGGAUAGCGGUAAAACUACCGUGGUGAGGGCGGCUGGCACCUAUUAUCCGGUCAGCGGACCGCCGAGCGAACCCGCACUUCCGGGCGUCGUGCUAUCCAUGCGAACUUCCGUGCACCAAGAACCACCGGUCAUGCCCUCUAUGAGCUCUACCUCGCCGCACACUCUCUACGGACCGGAACAGAGCUGCAGCAGACCAUUCUGCAAGCUGAAACGCAAAAAUCAUUAUCACUGCAACGCGUGCAAUCAGGCCUUCUCCGAGUUGGAUCGCUUGGUCGCGCACAUAGCGAAGCAUUCUACCGGGGCGAUUCUCAGCCAGCAGCAACACGAUAUGGUUAGCCCGUCGCCUAAUCAACUGCAACACGACUACAUGGCGCAGUUGUCGCAGAAGCGCAACGACUUUAUGUUGCCGAAUGCUCAGAUGGCCCAGAACAUUCAGAACUUUCAAAGUCAAAUGCAACGGCAAAUGCAGCAGACUCUCAGUCAACAGUCCCAAACGAAGGAUAUCAAGCUGGAGAAACCGAGGUGCAGUAUCGAUAUCGGUGUGCAAAAUGUCCCGAACGUUAAGCGGGAACCGCUCGAAAUCGCAUCCGACAGGGAUGAAGGUAACAAUUCCACGGUAGAUACUCACGAGAACGGACAAUUGUCGCAACCGCCGAUGCAACCUAGCAAUGUGCAACAACCGAGUGCGGUGCCGACGAGCUUCGAGCUCGAUCUCAGCCACGGCUUUCACUUUCCGAGCCCAGCCGUAAUGGCUGCUAUGAACCAACAAAUCGCUCUGAUGAAUCAAGCUCUACCGCCGUUUCUGCAGCAUGGCGGAAUGUACGCCGGUGCACCCGGACUGAUGUUCGCACCCGGUUUACCGCCGGCAAACUUUCUUCCACCCACGAGAGACGAAAAUCCGCUAGCUUCGCUGGCGGCCAAUUUGAAUAUGAACAAGAGAUCUCUCUCACCGGACAUCAACUCGCCGGAAGCCAAGAAACAGAGACUUCAUCAUUCGAUGCGUAUGCUGAAGGACGAGCCUGUCCCGGAAGGAUACGUCAGAUUCAGAUUCAACGAGGACUGCAGAUACCCUCAUUGCGGUUACAGAGAGCAUCAGACACAUUUCCACUGCAUGCGUCAAGACUGCGGCUAUUCGUUCUGCGACAAAACUCGCUUUGUACAACAUACCGCGAGGCACGAACGACUAGACACCUUGAUGGGCGGCGAUUUCCAGCAGUACCGGGCCAACGUGCCCUGCGGCAGAGCUCAGUGCGCGUACACGUCGUCCCUCGGUUCGAUGCAAAACAAGGCGUCGCACUUUCACUGUCUGAAGUGCGACUUUGUUUGCACGGACACGAACAAGGUGGUCGCUCAUCGGCGGCAGCACGCCAAGCUGGACAGCAUCGCGGCGGCGGGUUUCCAAAAGUUCACUCCCAGUCAGCCCUGCGGGGCCGUGCAGUGCCAGCACUCUGGCAAGCAGACUCAUUAUCAUUGCUUGCAGUGCCAAUACGCGGUGUUGGGUCUGGCGCAGAUGUCGGCGCACAAGUACCGACACAUGGACACUUAACGAUCUCCCGUAAAAGAUCCUGCGCGUGGCAGGACGCUCGAAUAAAGCAUUACCUUGGCCCCUAUAGACAUUCCCUAGAGAAUGGCGCGGCCAUCUUCCCCCGACUAGGUGGAAAAAUUCAGCGGAACCGGUAGGGGGCUAGUCAACGACUUCGUUUCAACUCGAUGCCCACCGUCGAUUAUUGUUUCGCGAGAGUCGCGGAUGUCCGCGAAAUUCCGGAGACGCGAGAUCUGUUAAAAAGACAUAUUCCUAGUCCCUAUAAACAUUCCCCGAAAGAUCACUCAAAAGUGCCUCGGUCCUUUACGAUCGAGCAAUGUUCCUGGUAAUACGGAUGGUCAGUGGUAACCGGUAGGGGGCUAGUCAAUAACGUUUAUCUUCAGGAUGCAUACUAAUACGUUCGAAACCUUCAAAUCAAACUACGUUUGGUAUCUGCGAUAAUACGUCGAGUAAAACGUCGAGACGAUUUGGUCUCUUCGUACUUAGAGACUGAGCAGUGACGUGGACCGACGAUGUAAGAUCGGAAAACGAUCAUCGAACAGUCUUUUCUUUUAGGAACGCUUCCAUGAAUAUCGACAAGACGGAAUAUUAGUACGCGAAAAAUUAAAAACCGAGAGAGUUACAAGGUUUUAUAUAUAGUCGAAUCUCACAAAAUAUAUAAUUUUUUUCGGGUCCAUGAUUCUUGUGGGAACCAGAAAACGAAGGCGUGAGAACGUGGCGUAGCAUCUAAGACAAUAAUACGAAGACAAGCCUAUAACAUAGCUUUAGCAUGAAAAAGACAUACUAUAAUAUUUAAUAGAGAGAAGAAAAAACACAAGAGAAACCUUGUAAAUUUUUCCCUUCGUUAGUAUCAUCUUGUGUAUCCUCCGCGUGAAUAGUCUUUAUGACGAUCUAAAUUGUAGAAUAGUUUAAUGCAUUGCAUCUGCAAAGCAGACGGGAAAAGAAAUAGUAAUAGUAAACAGCAACGUGAUAAUCCGAUUACGAUAUGUUGCAAAAACAAUGGAGAUUACGCAUAUCUUCCGCUUUGACACUGAAGAAUCUGAGGAGAGGAUACUUUUUUAUCGACUAGACUGCAUAGUUAACUGUUGGGUUUUAUCGGCGUUCGUGUUGCACAAUUAAUAUCGAAAAAAUUUGAUAGAUAUAGAAGCUAAAUAUAUCUAUGAUGUUUGAAUCUACUUUUUCGAAUCUUUUUAUACAUAUUUCACGGUAAAAAUUUUUAAAACAAAGUCGUCUUGUAUGAAUUUUUCUGUCAUAAUUAUUGUAAAUUAUUUAUUUACUUUUAAUUAGUAUGAUUGGAUGUUUACUGUGCAGUUGGCGAUAAUUAUAAAUAUAUAUAUAUUCAAUAUUUAAAAACGCGAUAAAAUAAAAAGACAUACGCAUAUUUACGGUCUGGAUUACGUUCUGGAGGGUACGCGAUGAAUAUUACGAGCAGUAUUGAUAAAUUGAGAGUUUAAUUAGAAAGACUGCGAGCCGAGACAUAAGAAUGGAGAAUAGAAUGAGACAGAGCGACGGUCGUUGAACGAUCAAAUUAAAAAAGAAGAAAAACGAGAGUUAAAAGAUUGAAAGACAAAAAUUAUGUAUGUAUACGCGAGAAAGAAAAAGUAUAUUUGAAAUAUAUUCUAAAAAACGAACGCUAACGCGACAUGUGUAAUGCAAAGCUGAUUAAUUUAUGUGUGUAUAGUGUAUAUGUAUAUAUUGUGAGAUUGGUACGAGUCGUUGGAGGGAGAAACAGAUUCUUCUCGCGCUUCUAUUUCUAAAACACGCUCAACGAUGGUACAAUUCUGUUCGUUUUCAUUUCAUAUACAAAAUUUAUUGUUGCACAUUUAAUUAAAUCUCGCCGUAUACUCUUUGUCGCAUCUUGGCUUUUCUUAUUUUUAAAUAUAAUAGAUAAGAGCUAGACGAAAAUGAUGAUAUUAAUUUUAUUUAUCUUCUAUUUUUUUUAAAACAAUAUGUCUGCGUUUGCACAUGUGUCGGCGAGAGAUAAUAAAGCCGGAUGAACGCGAUAAGGACUAUCCGGAGAGUUUAAUACGUAUGUUGUAAACGUACGUACGUAUAGAGACGAGUAGAGACAUUUACACACACAUAUAUAUUUUCUCGGCAGAUAAUUAAACAUAGUGUGAAAAAUUUUACACAACUGCUCGGCGAGAAACGCGCUAGGGUGCCUUUAGGAUUUUUUCUGAACUCUUGUAGAACCGUGCCUUAGCAAUUUAACAACAGACACACAAAAAUCUAUUUGUUCAAUGUAGAAAGAAAAGAUAAACCGAAUGGACUUACAAUGUUAGAUCUACAUAUAUCGUAUACAUACUUGUGUAGCUAUGAUCGAAUUUCGGAGCAGUAUAUCGAAUUUUAUCGCAGUUACAGUUCAUCGUAUUUAGAAAAAUGGAUCGAUCGAAGACUGAAUCUCCUUAAUUUUAAAACUACAGAUAAUAAUCCUUAAGGUUCGCCAGUAAUAAUUAAUAAAAAUCUCU